AGUCGAUUGAUAUUUGAUACUGUAUGGGAAAUUUGAAUUUCCAUACUUACAAAACCCCAUUAUUUUUUUUCCUAAAUACAUAUUUACUAAAAUUGGUAAUAUAUGACAAUUUUACUAAUUUUUCAAAACUAACCCUCCCAUUUGAAUUCCUACUCUCAGCCGACUCUCUCUCUCUCAACUCACCAACACCCAAUGCCACCCAUCAACCCCAAACGGUCACCCACGAAACGCUCACCCACGCUCAACCCCAAUCCCAAACGGUCACCGACGCUCAACCCACGGAACUCGAAGAAAACCCCAACCCCAACCACCCUCACCGACGAUCAACCGACGCUCAACCCACAGAAAAUGUCGAAGGGAACUACACAUCUUAUAAUUCCAGUGUCGGACCAUUACACAGGUCGUGUCACAUGGCGGGGGGUAGUUACUACUACCCGAAGAUUAAGGCUAAAUUUGAAGAAUUCAACCUAUUGGACAGGGUGGGGGAAUCCCCUUUCAAACAGUUUUUCGAGAGAGAGCCCAUACAAUUUUCAGGAGCAUUUUUUCAUCAAUUGAUGCUUCACAAAAUAAAAUCUGACAAGCCGGACGAGGUGCAUUUCUAUGUGGGAAGGAAGAGAUGUAGAUCUGGGAGGGUGGAGUUCGGCUUGGUCACUGGGUUAAACUUGUUGCCCGGCCCUACUGAGGAAGACAUCAAACAAAAUGGAAGCUCUGACCGGUUGAUUAUGGAAUAUUUCAACGGUAGUGCUUCGAUCAGCUUCGGCCAACUGCGCAGAGUUUUUGAGAGCUGCACAGAAGCUGAUGAUGUCUACAAGUUGGGGAUGGCCUUGUUUGUUAUGGGCGUCCUCACUGGUAAGGAGAAGAAGACUAUCGUUCCUCCUUUUAUGAUAAGAAUGGUUGAUAACCUUCCAUUCUUCUACGAGUACCCCUGGGGAAAGAUUUCUUACACCAAGGUGAUGGAAACUUGUAACAAGGAUUACUUGGAUGUGAAGAAUAAGAUGUUGAAAAAGAUUGAGAAGGGAGUCACUCAGAAGGAGGCAAAAUACGCAGCCUACGGCUAUACUGCAGCGUUGCAGUAUUGGGCAUACGAGGCCAUAUUACAGCUGGGCAACGAGUAUGCAGUGAGGAGGUCGCAUCGCUUUCCGAGAAUGGUCAACUGGGAGAGUAAGCCGAACACUACACUCGGGAAGGAUGAAGUGACCAGAUUAUUUGCUAAAACUUUGACAGUGUACUUCAUGUUAUGUCCUCGGCCGACCGAGAUUGAGUUUGUGAGUUAGAUAACCGGGGGUCAGCCUCCGUUAUUUGUUGACUUGGAGGAACUUGUGUUGGGUGAGGAUGGGCAACCAACACAGGAUGCUUUGCGAAGCCAGGCCAAAAAGCUUGCCUCCACAUUGGAAGAACGAGCGGAGGCAGCCCGAAUAAUUAAAGACUCUACACCACCUCCACCGUCUCCACCACGUG